AUGGAGAUCACCCUUAUUGCUUUUGAAGCUUAUUAUGGACCUGCACCUAUUCCUAAUGUUCACCGUCUAGCUUUCAAGUUAGUGUAUCGAUUCAAACACCACACCAUAGCAAGGUCAAAUUUAGCAUUUCAUUUAAUGUCUACUUCGUACAAUCCUCAAGACAGUAACGAAUCCACUGCAACUUCUAAUGAGAAUAUUUCUCAUACUCCCUCUGCGCCUUCAAAUAACAUGUCAGAUAUUAACAACGAUCAAUCUUUACAACCUACUCAAAACACUCUAUCUCCUUCUCAAGAACCUGAAUGCGAAUCACAGCAACAAUCACCCUUGGAUUUUUCUAAUAGACACAAAGAAAAUCUCGAGUUCCAUUUGAGACAAUUCCUUACCGAUAAUUUGGUCUCCGACAGUAUUGGUAGUACUAAUUCGAAUUUGAUUAAUACUUUUCAACCAAAUACAACAGUUCAAAAUGGGGAUUUUCAACCUCAACAAGGAGGAAGUUCAUUUAAUUCCGGCCAGAAUUAA